CGACCGGAAGUCGGGCCUGCCGUCCCCACUUCGGCCAACCGCCUCAGCGGGGCCCAAGGGAGCGCGAGAUGCGAGCAAUUAGGCACUCCGAGGAGACCCUGAAAGCAGCCCUCAUAUCGAAGUCCUCAGCCCUCGUGAAGCAAUACGAGAGUCUGGACCCUGGAGAGAGGCUUUUGAUGAACGAAGCAUUCCGGCGGGAUAGCAUCCUCUUCAGACCCAUUACUUUGCAGUCAGCGUCAGACUGGAUUUCUGCACACCCGGAGCCCACUCAAGACUUUGAGGAGUUCUAUCGCGAUCCCUAUAGGAAGAAACCCACUCCGCAGAGUCACACAAUUUAUAUACAGACCAUUGGUUCCUUUGGUGACUCCAGAGUUAGCACGGAGGAAUACGUUAGCUGGUUAAAGGGCUACUGUGAAGCCUUUUAUUGUGGAAUGGCAGUUAAACUCCUAGAGCCUAUACCUGUUUCAGUUACCAGAUGUUCAUUUAGAAUCAAUGACAACACGCACAAUUUGCAAAUUCAUGCAGGGGACCUGCUGAGGUACUUAAAAAGGAAAAAGCCCAGUGAUGCCUUCUGUAUAGUAGGGAUAACAACGAUUGAUCUCUUCCCAAAGGAAUCCUGGAAUUUUGUCUUUGGACAGGCAUCUUUGACUGAAGGCGUGGGGAUCUUCAGCUUCGCCAGGUACGACAGUGACUUUUAUAGCCCGAGCUACAAAGGCAGACUGAAGAGAACAAAGAAACCGUCCAAAGGAGACUAUUCCGUUUUUGAUGACUGUCACACACCCGCCAUCACCAGUAUAUUGCUGCUGAGGUCUUGUAAGACCCUCACCCAUGAGCUCGGGCACAUCUUUGGACUCCGUCACUGUCAGUGGCUGGCGUGUGUGAUGCAGGGCUCCAAUCACCUGGAGGAAUCGGACCGACGACCCCCGGCCCUCUGCCCCAUUUGCCUACGCAAGCUGCACUGCGCCCUCGGCUUCAGCCUCGCCCAGAGAUACGAGGCGAUAGUGAAGUGGAUUGAUGAAGGUGCUACUGAUGCUCCGGAAAGAGCUGCAAACUUCAGAAACGAAGACCCAGUGGCUGUACCCAAACCUGUGGAAGCUUUUCAGGAGUGGCGAGAGUGGUUCCUGAAAUGCCUUGCUGUACUCCGAAAAUAAGACCUCGCUGGGCCUUGGGAAGAUUCAUCCCGGCAUCCUGCUUCCUGUUCCAGGGGCCUCCAACCUUUGCUCUACCAGCCAAAUUUGCUCUGCGGAACCUCGGACUUCAAACGUGCAGGUCUCGAUCACUCACGAAGAAGGCUACACGUGGCAUUUGAACAACAGGAUGGUGAUUUCCAGAAAUCAGUGAGUUCAGUGGAUUCUCGCAGGACAGUACCUAACCUGUCCUCCCAUAGUCUGACAGGUUAGAUUUCAUCUUGGACCGGGAAAACGUCUUUGUUCUUUAUUCAUUCGUGCUUCUCCCACUGAUUAUUUGAAGUGGAUGGAUUUAAUGAGGGGUUCUGUGCCGUAGCAGUAUUACCGGUCUGUAGGGGAACGACGAAGUGAAAAUUUCUCUCGUCAUUCAUGGAUUGAUUUUUUUUUUUUUUUAAGCCACAGUUGAGAAAAUGAACUUCACUUCGGAGGUGACUUCUCUCAUUCCCUGGCUUUAGUCCUCUUUGCUGGUGAAAGUGAUUCACAGUUUUGGAUUCUUUCUGUUGUGUUUAAUGGUUUCGUAGUUCCAAAGUCCUUUGUGUCCAGUUUAAAUUUUUACUGUAAAGUCCCCAGGUCUAACAGAAGGUAACUUUUUUCCUCCCCUUAUCCUACUGAUUUCCCUACAAAGGUUGCACAUUGAAUAGACAAAUCUGCUGUGCAUUGGUCUGUAGGAGUCUGGAAGGAUAUGUGAGAUCAAUUGGAAUCGAUUGGAUUUUUAAAAUGUCUAACUUGUAGGAUAAUUCCUAGAGUUUACUGUUUUUGUAAGGGGAUAAAAUUCUGGUUUAAAUGUCUGAUAUUUGGUCGUCUAACUUAUUUUUAUGAUUCACAUGUGUCACAGGUUUGCUAUUUUUCAUGCCUUUUGCAAAUAUUUCAGCUGAGUGGUUUUUUUUAUGAUAUUCGUGACACGCUUACUCUGUACCAAGCCCUCGACUAGGUGCUGAGGUAGA